GUCUGUGUUCUGUGUACCGCGGUGUACAGGGUGACGCGAAUCAACAUCGUUCUACAUCAUUCUACAUCGUGAUGCCGUAAACCGGCGUGGAUUAUUCGAGCGCUGUAUACGAUUUUAAAUAACAUUAAAGAGGAAUUUUAACAUGCGUAUCUCGAGCCACGUUACAUACAUCCUGCAACGCUGUCUCCCGUAAUAGAGUACACCUAGUCUGGCAUAAUGGAUGAACCGCCUAAAAAAUUACCGUGCAAUACGCUAACGGCCAAAGAAUUGCUGUGCAACAGGGGUAUUACUAAUCACACUCUGGAGAAAUGGGAGAGGUCCUUGAAAACUUUGCCUAAAAAUGGACAAAAGCAUUUUGAGCCUGAUAAUUCCAUGCUUCAAAAUGUUCAAAUAGAGAAUGGACUUAAAAAUCGUAGAGACUUGUUGAAUAUUGAGAGGGUUGAACGCAUCUCAGAAUUAGCCUGUGCCGAGUGGUUACCAUCUCAGAAGAGAGCUCGCGUUACUAAAAGAUCUGGUCAAGACUGGAGCAAUUUUGGUCUGGAGAGGAAUGGUUCAUUAUAUUUGCUAGCUGAGGAAACAUUAUUUCUCAUGGAAACGAAUUGUCUUGAACUCAUUUGGAAUGGACUAUCAUGUUCGAUCCAGCAAGCAUACGAAAUUUUGCUUGAUGAUUCGGCAUGUACUCUGGAAGAAUAUAGGGUUUACAGUCAAUUAACUCGCUAUGGCUAUCGUAUACAACGCUAUUUGUAUGAAGAGUUGGACAAGUGCAACAAAACGGAUGAGUCCGCUCCCGCUAAACGGAAAAUUAUUGUUGAUCCUGAGAAUGGACUGAGAAUGUCUGACAACCAAUCACAGAAUAAGCCAAACUCAAAAAAAUCCAAACCAACUUUGACAAAGGAUGCGCCACAGACAUCGGAUAAACCUCCUGUUAGUCUUAAUAUAAAAGACCAUCAAAAAACUACUGUACAAGAAACUGUAAAACAGACAGUACGUAAUCUAGUAGACAUUGUAUGUAAUAUAGAAAGUAAUGAAAAUGGAAAUAAACCAGCUACUUCCCAAGGAACGGCAAACAAUGUAACAGAAAACGAUACAAAUAACGAAGAAAAGAAUCGAAAUUCUAAACCGGAAAUAAUUUCCGACGAGACUUUGUUGGGCAAUAUUUUAAUUCUUAAAGACACGUCGUGUAAAGCAUCGAAAUGGCCGGGUGCUCGCAUUCAGCGUAACGUUAAAAAGUUGCCUAAGAGAAACGACAAAGUAUCACCGCCAGAAAUUUCUAUAAUCGAUUCUAGUAGCACAGGUGAUAAUUCCAGACAUACAGCGAAACGGAAGGUUUUUACACAAAAUGACGAGUGUCAUGCGAAAAAAUCAAAACAUGAGGUGAUUGAGCUGUUGUCUGACGAUGAAAUUCAAGAAUUACCUCGGUGUAUGACAAGAAUGGAAAUGUUGAAUCUUUUACCAAAUAUCGCCUUACAAUCGGAAAUUAAGGAGAAAAUUUCCAGACGAUAUAUACCACACAAUAUAAGGCCUCAGAGGAGCAUGUAUCAAUAUAAUCGGACGUCGAUUUUAAAAAUGCAGGAAAACGACAAACGAGUGCGACAAAAUUGUAAAGAUAAUAGAACCAACGCCAGACAAAAUGCGUCUCACUCUAGGAGCCCUCUUGCUAUUAAUAACAGAAGUCCUUUGCUACCAAAUCCACCUUCACUUGCGCGUAGUCCAUCUUGUCCAUCACGACCGUUUUAUGCCUUAGACCAAGUUCACAGAACGAACAUCAGCUUGCCUUAUCCAUACAGAUUUCCAUACAAUUAUCUUUCAGACGUUUAUAUGCAGAAUAGGGUCACGCAGAAUGUAUUUCAAAAUUUAUUCGUCGCUUUUGGGAACCAUGGAAAUGCCGUUCAAAGAAGUCUCACCAUACAGAUGAACAAUUUUAUGAUGCCGAUAGAGGGAUAUCGAACGAGAAAUUUCUUUACGGAGAACUCGCUUCGACACGGCUUCUAUCAAAAUGUUUUAUGGCAGCAAAGAUUUUGUCAGCGGAGAAUGACAGAGAACGCGUUGACACACAGCAACGCGCAUUCUGUUGUCUCAAGACGACGACACGAUGAUGCUAGUAGUUCAGUCAGUCAUGAGAUCGUUAAUCGGCCUUCUUUUACGACACGUUUAGGAACUAGUUCGUGGAUGGAAUUGAAGAAAAGAUGGUCUGAAGAAAAAACUAUCACUAUCGACGAUGAAGAUUAUAAAAAUAUGAAUGAGGAAGAUUGUACAGAAGUGCAAGUUGUAAAGCUUAUCAAUCCUUUGGUUGGUCCUAGAAACGCAUCCUCGCUGACAGAAAUCUUUAGUAAACUCGCUAUAAUAAAAUCAGCACCGGAAAGAAUUGUCAGAAGGAAAAAGAGUAAAUAUAAGAUAUCAUAUAAUGUGUACUCUUGUACACAACAUUAUAGAAAGGCAAAUCCUGGUCAACCACUGUACAGUUUAGUAGUGAUAAGAAAAGAAGACUCAAUCCUGCAACCUGUUGAAUUAAAUCGUUUACAACAAGAUGCGAAAGGCUCUCAGAUAGUAUUAGCAUACGUGUCAAUGUCAAUAUCAUACAUUCAGCCAGGUAUUAUAACAAUGCCGAACAUAUAAUUUUUUAUUCAGGUACAUGUAAUUAAAGUUAUUUUGGAGAAAGCGAUAUAAUAUAUCUAUAUUAAAGAUUAUCCUGUAAGAUCCAUAAAUUUCUUUUGCUAUAUCUCAAUAAACUUUUAUAUGUAUAUGAUACUUCCUUUAAUUAAAAAAAAGAAGAAACUAAUAAAACUACAAAAUGGACACUGUUA